AGAACAGCUUUUGUAAUUGUUUAUGAGCAUCACCAUGCGUCAAAAAGAUCUACGCCCAGCCCCCGCUCUAAUUGAGUACAAGGGCAUGAAGUUCCUAAUCACCGAUCGACCAUCAGACAUAACCAUUAAUCACUACAUUAUGGAGCUAAAGAAGAACAAUGUCAACACUGUGGUGCGCGUGUGCGAACCCAGCUAUAAUACCGACGAGCUCGAGACACAAGGCAUUACUGUCAAGGACCUGGCCUUUGAGGACGGCACCUUCCCGCCUCAGCAAGUCGUUGACGAGUGGUUUGAGGUCUUAAAGGAUAAAUAUCAACAAAAUCCAGAGGCUUGCGUUGCCGUUCAUUGUGUGGCUGGUCUGGGACGAGCUCCUGUCCUUGUUGCCUUGGCACUGAUUGAAUUGGGCUUAAAAUAUGAGGCAGCGGUGGAAAUGAUUAGAGAUAAGCGACGAGGAGCCAUUAACGCCAAGCAGCUGUCCUUUUUGGAAAAAUACAAGCCAAAGGCGAGACUAAAGCACAAAAAUGGUCAUAAGAACUCAUGUUCUGUGCAAUAGAUUUCUAACACCAUAUGUAUAUUCCCACCAGACAAAAAGUGUUCAUUUUUUCAAAAACAAAAAAAAAAUGCAAGCGGGUAAAAAAGCGCGUACACAAAUAUGAAUUGAUAGGCAGCAAUCCGAAAAAUUGAACUAACCAAGUACCAGAGAGCCAGAAAAAUAUGGACGGAGAUAUUGAGUUACAGCCCCAGUUAUUACUAAACCUCAAAUCUCAAAUUGAAAUGUAUUGGCAACAGUUGUGUAAUUUGUAUGUAUUAAUUAAUGUAAUUUAUUGUUAUUUUAAAAUUCGAUUCAGCCAACCCACACCAAGCUAAAAUGUAACUACAGCCUAUAUAAACAGACUUAUACGCAUAUAUUUCAUUAUGAACGGCCCGAAUACCCCAUUAAAUGGUUGUAGAGGGCCUAUGAAAGUAGUUGAAAAAUAAACCACAUGCUUAAAUGUAAAAUCUAACAACAGCAA